CCCCGUGCAUCGGAAUGGUUAAACGAGAACAUGCAUGGAGGACCCUGAUACGAUGGGGGAGUAGCUGAAGUUGUCUCAGACAGUAAUUCGCUGUGUAACAGUCUCAUUGAAACUCGCACAUAGUGAAUUAAACUGUUAAAUAAGUCUUCACGAGUGGCCGGUGAUGGAAAUAGGGAAGAUGAAAAAAGGGGAAAUCUCUUCGCUCAAGAUGGAGCGCCGUGCACUGGCGGGGCAACAACAUUUAACGCUUCUUUAAUCGGAUGUCAUGUAGUUUUCUCGUCGUUUUGGUGGAUCAUGUAGUAAAGUGUUUGCGCUUGCAUGUAGUAUGAUAUUGAGUCCGAUAUGUCUAAUGUGACGCCGAGUAAAAGCGUGGAGUGGCUGCAACUCGAGUUGGAGUCCGGAGGCACUUCUCUGCUCUUGUUGGACUGUCGUUCACAUGAGCUUUUUGAGUCGUCCCACGUAGAGACCGCCAUAAACCUGGCCAUCCCGGGGCUGAUGCUCAGGCGGUUCAAAAAGGGUAACAUACCCAUCCGGACUAUCAUCCCUAACCACGACGACAAAGAGAAGUUCAAUAAACGGUGUAAGACGGACACCGUGGUCCUGUACGACGAGAGCACCGUGGACUGGCAGGACUGUGGAGCACAAGGGUCGGUGUUGGCUCUACUUCUUCAGAAACUAUGGGAAGACGGCUGUAAAGCAUUUUACUUGGAAGGUGGAUUUGUAAAGUUCCACACAGAGUACCCAGAGCACUGCGAGACCCUCCUCGACAGCUCCUGUCCCAGCUCCUCGCCUCCACUGUCUGUUCUGGGUAUUGGAAAUCUCCGGAUAAGCUCCGAUUGUUCAGAUGGGGAGUCUGAUCGAGAGCCCAACAGUGCAACGGAGUCCGAGGAGAGCCCCGUCCCCAGCAACCAGCCUGCCUUUCCUGUACAGAUCCUACCUUACCUUUACCUGGGCUGUGCCAAAGACUCCACUAACCUAGACGUGCUGGGCCAAUACAACAUCAAGUACAUUCUGAACGUCACACCCAAUCUCCCCAACAUGUUUGAGCAUGACGGCCACUUCAGGUACAAACAGAUUCCAAUUUCGGACCACUGGAGUCAAAACCUGUCACAGUUCUUCCCAGAGGCCAUAUCAUUCAUAGAUGAGGCUCGGUCUCAGCAGUGUGGCAUCCUGGUCCACUGCCUUGCUGGCAUCAGCCGCUCGGUCACCGUCACUGUGGCCUACCUGAUGCAGAGACUCAACCUCUCUCUCAAUGAUGCUUAUGACUUUGUCAAGAGGAAAAAGUCAAACAUUUCCCCCAACUUCAACUUCAUGGGACAACUCCUGGACUUUGAGAGGACACUGGGGCUGCACAGCCCCUGUGAUAACAGAUCCACCAGCAAGGAGCAGCUCUACUUUACUACACCGACCAAUCACAACGUCUUCCAGCUGGACACGCUGGAGUCGACAUGAGGAACGAUUGGACAACCUUUUUUUGUCCUGUCCUUUUGUGUCUUUGUCCUUUGGUGUCUUUGUGUGCUUUUUGAUCGUGUGAGAUGCCUAAUUAGCCGACACAAGCAGUAAGUCAGUUACAGAGUUUGUGCACUGAAAGGAAAUGCAUUGAAAAGUUAGACGAACAAAGCAUGAACGGAGAGACUCUCAGAGCCUGUCCAAACGCCUUAAUAUCUGAUACAAGGGGAAAUGUUGAUGUCCAUACAUGGCGUUUUAUCAAAAGUCAUGUACAGCCAUAACAGCAGGACAUUUCAUAGCUUUUCUAUUAAACAAGGAAUGUUGUUUGACUGUUAUCUGUUGCUCACCAGCUGAUGAGUGGAUACUAUGUUGUCGUAUCAGUUAUGAAUAUUGCCUUGAUGGUCUCUAAGGAGUCUUUGGCCAAUCAGAAUGUUUUCUGGGGACCAAUCCAAAAGAAGUUAUGAUGGUACUCCAGCUGAGGUAAAUAAGCUACUACAGUGAUCCGGCCUCAAAUUAUUGUCCAGUUUUUAUCCUGCUAUGACUGUUUGCAGCACUCUUAAUUAUAGCAGAACUGUUUUGCCACACAAAGCAUCACUUUUCUUUUUUUUCUUUUAACAAUAUCAAGCGGCCACUUUAGGCCAAACAUCACAGAUAAAAACAAAUAUCCUCCUGUACAUUCUGUUGCUUAUAACUGCAUUAUCUGCAUGUGAUUACAUUCUACCAAUGCCCUUUGUUUUGUAACCUUUAGGUCAUAUUGCCUGUUGUUGUGGUUGAGGCCUUUGCCAUACCUUAACACAAUGUUUGUUAGUAACCAGGUCGAGGCAUGGUGUAUAGGACUGGCCUUUUGGAACAAAUGUGUGAGUACCAUAAAGGGUAUAAAGGAAUGGAUGUGCACCUUAGUUUUUGAAUCCCACAGUCUUCAGUCUGCAGCUACUCCCUCUGUGGCACAACAAUGUUAAGGGAAACCUGAUGUGUAAUUAGCUGUUCUCCGUUGCCAGUCUCGUCGCUGAACAAACUCGAGAGUUCAGUGUACGAGAGGGAAUGGAAGGACAUGAGUUUUGAAAAAAAAAAAAAAAUGUGUUCUUACCUCACAGAGAGACAUUUUCAGGGAUUUUUAUACAAGGCAUCUGUAUCUCGUCAUCAUGGCCUCUAAGUGCAUCCAAGGGCUGUUUUUGUUUGGUCUGUUUGUAAAGCUGUACAGAAAAAUGUGGUUGUUACGGGGGACAUUUUUUCAACAAACCAUGAAGGAUGCGAAUGUGACCCCUUUUUUCCACCCUUAUGUAUAGUAUAUGUAAAGCUAAAUGUCCAAGACAUUCUGUACAAGUUUAUACAACAAAUAUAUUGUAUAUUUUUACUUGAA